AGCUGGAAAAGCCCCUCUUGAGCGUGGAGUUGAGUGCCUCUGGAUGGAAGAGCACGGCGUGGCGCAGGCGGAGCACAUGGCCACCAUCGAGGCGCACGCCGUGGCCCAGCAGGUGCAGCAGGUGCAUGUGGCCACCUACACGGAGCACGGCAUGCUGAGCGCCGACGAGGACUCGCCCUCGUCCCCCGAGGACACGUCCUACGACGACUCCGACAUCCUCAACUCCACGGCCGCCGAUGAGGUCACGGCUCACCUGGCGGCCGCGGGCCCUGUCGGGAUGGCAGCAGCCGCUGCCGUGGCAACGGGGAAGAAACGGAAGCGACCACACGUCUUUGAGUCCAACCCAUCCAUCAGGAAGAGGCAGCAGACACGUUUGCUCAGGAAGCUCCGAGCCACGCUGGAUGAGUACACCACCAGGGUGGGGCAGCAGGCCAUCGUGCUCUGCAUCUCACCCUCCAAACCCAACCCUGUCUUCAAAGUGUUCGGGGCCGCGCCCUUGGAGAACGUGGUCCGCAAGUACAAGAGCACCAUCCUGGAGGACCUGGAGUCGGCGCUGGCGGAACACGCGCCGGCCCCUCAGGAGGUCAACUCGGAGCUGCCCCCCCUGACCAUCGACGGCAUCCCCGUGUCCGUGGACAAGAUGACCCAGGUGAGCACCCACAGGCACACCAAGAGGGACACAGAGAAUCACAGAAUCAGCUGGGUUGGAAGGGGGGAUGGUUCCACCUCCUUCCCUGUCUCCAGGGGACGGUUCUACCUCCUUCCUGUGGGGCUGGAACAGCUCCAGCUGCCCUCUGAGUUGCUCCCUGAUAUGACCGAGGUCUAA